AUGGCUUGGGGUGUGCUGGAUGAUUACAAAUUGACGAAAGUUCCGGGAACCACUUUAUUCAACAAAGAAGGCAUCGAUUUGGCAGAUGGUGUUGAAGUCGAUCCCAACAUCAAAAAGUCUGGCUCAAUUAUUCUCAUCCCUCAACCUAGUGAUAGUGUAAAUGAUCCUCUGAACUGGUCUUCAACUCGCAAAAAUGUUAUUAUUUGGAUCCUUUCGAUCGCCUCUGGCUUACUACUCGGUCCUAUGGUUACUCCAGGAUUUGGGGAAGUAGCUGCUACAUAUCAUGUCAGCUUCAACGCUGUGUCAAUAGCUUUGGUAGGGGUUUUGACUUUGGUUACGGGUACAUUCACAUUCUUCACUUCCGCUGCUGCGACAGUGUGGGGGAAACGACCUAUGUUUAUCAUAUCUAUGGUUGUCCUGCUGAUCACUUCAGUCUGGGGAUUCUAUGCCACUAGCCUCGUUUCCUUAACGGUGAUGCGGGCAAUUCAAGGUGCAGCUAGUGCUCCGGUAGAAACGCUGGUUACCUCCACAGUGUCCGAUAUCUUUUUCGUUCAUCAACGAGGGCAAAAGCUGGCAGUAUGGGGACUCGCUAUUCUUACAGGUGCACUUUUAGGUCAAGUCAUUUCAGGGGUAAUCAUCGAAACUAUGGGAUUUUCGGCUUCUUUUGGAAUCACCUCACUUUGCUACAUAGUAAUCAUUCCUCUGGUAUACUUCUUUGUUCCAGAGACCUCAUACCAACGAAAAAUACUUGAGCACACUCAUAUCUCGGAGAAAGAAUCCACAAUGGAGAUUGAAAUCCAGGAAAUAGAGUCCAAGAAAACAUUUGUUGAAACACUUUCUCUGUACAACGGUCGUGUCUCUGACGCAGGCUUUUGGAAAACCGCAAUCAAACCUAUUCCGCUUAUCGUCUACCCCGCCGUUAUUGUCAGCACCUUUGUUCAUGCAUCAUUUCAAACAUGGCUAAUAUCUUUCUCUCUCCUGUCCGUCAAUAUUUUCUCGGCUCCGCCUUACAAUUUAUCUUCAUCACAAAUUGGUCUUACAAAUCUUCCCCAAUUCUUCAUGGGGAUUGCCGCAACAAUGUUGGCCGGUUGGACCGCGGAUAAGAUUGCUGCAUUCAUGUCUCGUCACAAUAACGGUGUUUAUGAGCCUGAGUUCCGCUUAACUCUGAUGAUACCAGCAGUCAUUCUUUCUACAAUAGGCUUUUUCGGCUUCGGUAUCUCUGUAGAACGAGGACUACCUAUCUAUUGGCCCGUAGCAUUCAUGACGAUCAAUUCCUUAGCUGUACCCUUUGCGACUUCAGCAAGCUUCACAUAUGUGAUUGAUUGCCAUCCCAAAGAUGCAAACCAAGCAUUUGUAACCAUCAAUUUCGUCAAGGCGAUUAUGGUGUUUGUCUCCAGCUCUUUUAUUAAUGGGUGGCUAGAUACGGCUGGGGCAAAGAGCGUUUUUAUUACUAUCGGUUUAAUCAAUGCAGGUAUUUGCAUGCUGGCGGUGCCGAUUUAUGUUUACGGAAAGAGACUUCGAAGCUUGGUAUGCGUUUAG